AUGGGGCUUUUAUUCAGCCGAAUUUACGAUUCUGUCUACGGGGUGGAGGCUCGUAUUCUCCUUCUGGGCCUGGAUGCUGCUGGAAAAACAACCCUCCUCUACAAGCUGAAGUCGAAUGAAGAAACUUCAACCAUCCCCACUAUGGGCUUCAAUGUGGAGACAGUUCAGAGCUUCAACGAGGUCACUUUCACUAUGUGGGAUAUUGGAGGGCAAGAGCAUAUCAGAGCCCUAUGGAAACAUUACCAUACCAAUACAGAUGGGCUGAUAUUCCUUGUGGACAGUAUGGACUAUCAUCGUUUUGAAGAAGCCAGGUUGGAGUUGGAGUCACUAUUGGAGGCUGACGAUUUGCGAGGGGUGCCUUUGAUGCUGCUAGCCAACAAACAAGAUUUGCCUGAAGCACGACCUUCCAUGGAAGUGGCAGAAAGGAUGGGAGUGGAUAAAAUAACUGGACGCAAAUGGCGUAUACAUGGUUGUUCUGCUGUAAGUGGUGCAGGGAUCCCUGAGGCUAUGGAAAAGCUAUCUGAAAUGGUGAAGGAAUAUCGCAAAUCUAAGAGGUCCAUGUGAAUUCAACAUAUGAAGAACACAAGGCUUUCUGUUUAACUUUUUUCUAUUUGCAGCAGAGACUUGCGAAAAGCCUCUUGAAUCCCAUUUAAUCCUGAUUCUCUUCAUGGGCCAUAUGAAAAAAACAUUCUUUAACAUUGGGACUACUCUUCAAAUAUAGAAUACAUUAUAAAGCUCUGUUGGACUAAAUAUCAGUUGUUCUUGGACUUUUUAAA